GGACACUGUACAGGCAGAUAAAAACAUUAAAAACAGGGAGCUAAAAAGUACAAGCAUAAGAUGCCACAGAAAACAAAACAGCAGGAAGUAAGAUAAAACCAAAGGAAGAAAAGGAAGAGAACAAUAUUGAAGUGAUGCGUAGGAACUAGAUGGGAUAGGACUGUCUGAACAGGAAAGUUUUGAGUCUGGAUUUGAAAAGAGGGAAGGAGUCCAGAGUACGGAGAUCCGGAGGACAUUUACUCUACAUCUACCCUAUGUUUACUCUGCGUUUCCUCUACGUCUAUUCUACAUCUACUCUGUUUACUCUACGUCUACUCUACGUUUACCUUAAUUUUACUCUAAGUUUACUCCGUCUAAAGGUCAUAUGGUGGUGAACAGGAGCUUCAGAGGGUCAACUGGACCAGUGCCCUGGUACACUGGGCUGACUUGUCCAAGGUGAGGGGCUCCAGGCUCCAGGCUAUCUCUAGUGGUCAUCCGGUUAACACUAGCAACACUGUUGCUGAGUUUGAAUCCAGCGGCUACGUCCUCUAAAGGCCAGAUCUUUUGGCCAAUUACGUCAUAGCGUGGCAUCAAGGCCUGUUUGGAUUUAAAGACUCCUCGUUAUUCGGUCGACAAAUGCAGCCUUCUUUUAGCCCUUUUGGAGGACAGGUAUCCUAAGUAGCUUUGGGUAUCCCAUGAUUCAAUGCAAGUCCAAGCAAACCAGCUGCUCUGUGCACAGAGGAAAAAGGGAUAUGGCACCGAACAGUGGUGAAUGUUAAAAGUUCAGUUUAAUAAAAUCCAAGUAUGUGAAUAGUUCACUCUGAAAUUAAUUAAAAUAGUUAGAGAAGUUUAACAUCCACCAGCGGUGAAAGCUGUAAAAGGCUGAACCUGUUUGAAUCCAUUACUAAACUCUUCCAGCCUUCCAAGGACCCAGUCCAGGUAGACCGGGUCCUUAGAUGACAAAUCUGCUGAAAUUGAACACACCCUGUGACAUACAAGUGACCUGAGUCUACCCAGUUCUGCCGUUAACAACAACCAGUCUGAUCUGGUGUUCUUCUGUGUGGACUCUCCCUUGGCAUUAGUGUCCUACACAAAUUCUCCUUCCUCUGCUUGUCUGGUGCUGCAGGUGAAACAUCACAUCCAAGAGGACAUACGUCAAAAGAAACUAAAACUGGAAGAAGAAAAACUUCAACUUCAACACCUAAAGAAGAGGGCGCUCAGAGAGCAGUGGCUGAUGCAGGACUCAGCCGUCCACCAGCAGUCUGAUCUGCAGCAGAGCCGAGCUCUGUUCCUCAAAUCCACAGGAUGGAAAAGGAGCUGGACUUCCUGGAGAGGCAGGAGGCGAUGGUUUCCACCAAUGAAAGCCUCAUCCUCACCCGACUGAAGGCUAUGGAGAAAAGUCCAGAGGAACUCAUCCAGGAGGCCCGAUACAGCUGGACUGUAUUACCCGAACCGACCGGCAGUCAUCUCUCAGGCUUUCCCAGCCCAUCAGCCAACAACCUGAACACUCCAGCAAACACUCUGUUCGGCGUGGAAAUCAAUGUGACUGAAAACAUGUUAACUGGUUCUAGAGGAAAUGUUUCUGCUGAGGAACGUUGCCUCCAGUCUGGGCUCCAGGUCUGUGACGAAGACAGCAGGUGUCCUCUGCAGGACUCGGGAGUCCAGAGGUGUUUUACCGAGCUGUCAGCCAGAAGCCAACCAGAAAAGCAAAACUACCUUUCAGGCUUUUGUCGAUGUCAUCAUCAAGAUGGAAAGAAAACCAAGGGAGGACAUCAUGGUAACUACAUCCACCAAGGAACGACAGAUGGGAAAAAUGUUAACUUCAGGCAAACCUGGCAGAAGAGACCCCAUGAUGAGCACAGCUACAGUCCCAGCUCAACAGCCUAUUGGGGGCUUUGUCCACAUGAUGACGACCAGAGAGACUCCCACAGCAGACUGUGUGAGAUGAGAAGCUGCGGCUGCAUCUUCAAAGAUGGACCUGCUAUUCCCCACAGAAGCAGACGCGAUGGGACAGUCUGUCGGACAGAGUUGUGCCACAACACAGCGGGAUUUCUUCCUUCUGUUGACAAAAGCAAGUUUUACUGCUACUACACAUCAAGCAUCCGACCAGAGAGCGGCUGCAACCGUUGGACUGCUCUGUACAGUGACCCCGCCCACUGCAGCAGGCUGCCCUCCCCUCUGUGCGCCGAAGACCAGCCUUACACCAUCCUCCACUCCGCAGAGAGCUCUGAGCCAAUCACAGCCAUCUUCAUGGGUUUCCACACAGCUCAGGAUGAUAGCGGGCAGCUUCAGGAGUGUGAGGGAACCCUAAAGGCGGAACUGGUCAAAAUCGAAGACCAUAGUGAAGAGGGGAAGAAGGUUAACCAGGUUUCAGAAAGAUGCCCAUCAAAAAGAAACCAGGGAGGGCGUUGGUCAGAGAAGAAGGUGGAGCCAGGUGUCAGAAACCUUAAAGAAAAACAGAAGCUCUGCUGUACGGUGGCCUGACUGCGUGGCUCUGAUUUAACUCUCAGUUGCUUCAUUCUAAUGAGUCACAUGGUGCCAUGAGCCUCUUUGCUCAUUACAUUAUUUUAUUGGUAGACACAUUGUUCUACAAACCCAAGGAAGGCUUGAAUGAAUGUUUUAUCACCAUGUCUACCAAACCCGAUGGGUCCAGCACACAAAGGGAGGAUGCUUCCAGUUAAAACAGCCAGUCCCUAAAAUGAACAUCAUGCAACUUGAUAAAAGAUCUGUUUUUCACUGGAACACGAAGAAUCAGAGACAGAGAAAAAAAAAAUGUAUUCAUUGUGCCACAAAGUUUAAAUGUGGAAAACUGCAGUGUUCACAAUCCAUCACAAUAUGAUGGAAAACUCACAUUUUGGUUUAGUUUAUUUCAUACAGUUAAAUCAACAGACAGGACAAGGGAGAAAGACAGAAAACACAAAAGACAUGAACUCAAGAUGGAUAAUAAUAAAUAAUUCUACUGCUUAUCUGUUGAUAAACAUACUUCAUCCUACCAACAUUUACAUUUUUACAUCUUUUCAUAUGUUUAGUUUUCUAAUUCUAUUGUUCGUGUAGAAAUAAAACUAUCGUUGUAGAUUUUCUUUUUGUCAUCUUCUGCCCUUUGUGGGCUUUUUGGUUCUGUUUAAGUUUCUAAUUGAGUUUUCGGUUAAACUUUGAUUUAAGUCAUUCUAGGUCAUUUUUUUAUUUUAAUUUAGUGUCAUUCUAGUUGUUUUCUAGUUCUAUUUGGGUUUGUAUGUAUUUCUUGUUUACUUUCUGCUGCCUCUUUGUACUAGUCUACUUUCCCCUAGCUCCAAGUGUAAGUAUGAGUAUAGCCUAUAUGGCUAUAUAUAAUUAAUGUGAUCUUAACAGAUCACAAAAACUCUGCGAACAAAUCACCCUCUUCACUAGAGAUGGUGAGAUGAAGCCUCAUGAGGCAUUGAACCGUUUGGCCAAAUUGCUUUAACAUCCCCACAGGUUAUGAGACUUCAUGUGAACAUGUCACCACCUACUGGUGGAGUGCGGAAGUACGGUUAGUAACAAUCUGAUUUUUUUUGCAAUUGAUUUUCUUGUUUUUUUUUCGCCCAUUUAGGUUCCUUUUGAAAUUGUCAAUGAUUGGUGGUAUAAUAAAAUCUUUUUAAAAGUUUU